GGUUACUUUCCUUGACAGAACUGCAUAUUUGGCAAUGUACAGAGCCGGGUUCACCACAUGUGGAGCGCGCAGACGGUUCAUUUGAGAUCCGAAUCACCGACGAAGUUGACUGAACAAUAGCAUGAAUGCUGCGCGGAUCGAGUCAUAUAAAGCCCACGAGAAGUGGAAGAUGGAAAACAACAAGUCGAAAGAUCAUGACAUCACGGAGGUGGUGGCGCAGCAGUCCGCCGCGAACCCGAGUGAGAACGGCAUCGUGGUGAUCAACCACAGUAAAAGCCAUCCACCUUUCAGCGUGCUGUGGGCGACAGUCCUGUUCUGCGCGGAGUUCAUAUGUGCCUCGGUGCUCAGCAGCACGUACCGUAAGUCUGACGACGUUGUGUGGAUGGGACUGACGAUUACAUUCAUACUGGUUCCCUCGGUUCUGACCCAGCUCACACUGACGUUCGUACACCGGGACUUGGGGAGAGACCGACCCUUUGUGCUCUUCAUGCAUCUGCUUCAGAUGGGGCCUAUUAUAAGGUGCAUUGAAGCUCUUGUUGUUUACUGUUCGACGGGAAAAAAUGAGGAACCAUAUGUUACGAUUUCAAGAAAGGUCAAGCUAAAGCAUGGCAGAGGCUUAGGCCCAGCCUUCGAAUGUGAGAUCGGACAUUCGGAGCGCAAACUAGCCAUCCACCGCAAUGCCUUUAAACGCACAGCUGUCAUCCAGGCCUUCCUGGGCUCCACUCCACAGCUCACUCUUCAGCUCUAUACCACCAUUCAGGAAAAAUAUGUCCUUCCCACACGGCUUGCCCUGAUGAUCAUUUCCAUGAUAUCUAUCACAUACGGAGCUUUGGUUUGCAGUGUUCUGGCCAUACAGAUCAAGUACGAUGACUACAAAGUGCGAAUGAAACCUACUGCCUACCUGUGCAUGAUCCUCUGGCGAGGGUUAGAGAUCGCCACACGGAUCACCACGUUGGUGCUCUUCAGCACAGCCUUAAGAUUCUGGGUGGUCCUGGUGGGACUGAUCAACCUGUUCGUCUUCUUUUUCCAGCCAUGGGUUGAGUUCUGGGUUAGGAAGGCAUCACUGCCUGAGAACAUAGAGAAGAACUUCAGUAAACUUGGCACCACCGUGGUGCUCUGCAUGGUCACGUUUCUCUACGCCUGCAUUAAUAUUUCCUGCUGGUCCGCCGUGCAGCUGGACCUGGCUGACCACGACCUUGUGGACAAACAGCUUCGCUGGAGAAGCUUGGCUGUCUACUACACCCUGCGCUUCAUGGAGAAUGUGACCCUUAUCGUUUUGUGGUACUACUUCAAGUCGGACUUCUAUGAAUACAUCUGCACGCCAUUGCUGGUGGUGCAACUUAUAGUGUGCUACAGCCUGGCUGUAAUCUUCAUGCUGAUCUUCCAUCAGUUCUGCCAUCCGUGCCGCAGACUUUUCCACUACAAUGUCGAGGACUGUCUACGUUGUGCUUGCUGCUGGAAGAAAAAACAAUCACAGCUACCUGAAGACCUUGCACCUGAUCCUCUAAAACAUGCAUCUCCUGACCACCUGAUAGAUCGAGAAACCGAUAUUGUGGAUGAUAUCAUGGAGGCAGCAUGAAAAGCAUCCUCUGUUCUGUUAUUGUAGCGCCGUUUGGGGCCGUGCUAGGCAUAUUUGCACAUAUCCUGACUCAGGAGUAUUAUAUUGAAAUUAUUAACUCUGCUAUAUCUAAGAUCCUUAGUGAAGGAACAAUUGCUUUUAUGUGGUCCCAGAUGCUUCAUGAAAUUUGUGUUUUAUGUUGUGUAGAGCAUGAUGACCUUAUUAUGGUGAUGUGGAGAGGGUAGCUCAUCAUUUAUUUAUUGUAGAGUGCUGGACUAUUUCUUUUUGUUGGCCAUUGAAGACCAAAAAACGACCUCCGUUGAGUUAUGCUGUGAUGAUUUACAAAGGCAGCUUUCAGUAGAGAGCUGCAUGGCCAGUCUGUAGGCCAGGUGUGUGGGAAUUGUGCCAAUAUUGGAGUGACGAAAGGCACCUGUUGCACUAACAUUUCUAGGGAACUGUGACCCAACAAGCCAAAGAGCCUUCCGAACUUCUCUUAGGUUUGCUUCCAUAGUCCUCUGCUUUUUUUUUUUUUAACUAAAGAUUUAGAGAGCCUUCUUUAAAGUUAGCAACUGAACUUCCAUUUGCCUUAAUAUUGUGUGAUUGUAACUUUGUGUCUGGAUAGACUAAUGUCCUUAAUUUUCCACUGCAAAAAAGAGAUGUUUGUUUAUUUUGUAUGGAAAUAUUUUUGUCUGUGUGUUUUUUGCCUGAAUUAUGUGCUU